AUGAUGUUGAUGCUGAGUUUGGCCCUCGUAGUCUGCUUCCUAGCCAAAGGUUGCCACUCGCAGUUAAGUGUGUGUGGUGUGGCUCCUCUGAACACCAAGAUAGUGGGAGGACAGGAUGCUUCUCCUGGUUCUUGGCCUUGGCAAGUCAGCCUGCAGACUAAUGAUUUUCAUUUCUGUGGUGGAUCCCUCAUCAACUCUAACUGGGUUCUAACAGCGGCCCACUGCUUUGCAAGCAUUACUGCUUCACAAGUGACCGUGUAUCUGGGUGAUCAGUCACUGAGCAAUCAGACAAGUAAUCCAAAUGUGGUGUCCAGAUCUGUUUCUCAACUCAUCAUACAUCCCAACUACAGUUCAUCCACGCAUGACAGCGACCUUGCCCUGCUGAAGCUGAGCUCUAGCGUAACCUUCACUAAUUAUAUUACGCCUAUCUGCCUGGCUGCAGCUGGAAGCAAGUUCUUCAAUGGCACUCUGACCUGGGUCACUGGCUGGGGAAACACUGCAGAUGGAGUAAGUCUCCCUUCUCCUAAGACCCUGCUGGAAGUACAAAUUCCAGUUGUUGGAAACAGGAAAUGUAAUUGUUUAUAUGGAGUUGGAGACAUCACUGACAACAUGGUGUGUGCUGGAUUGUUGGCAGGGGGCAAAGACUCCUGUCAGGGAGACUCUGGAGGUCCACUGGUCAGCAAACAGAGCGGUGUUUGGGUCCAGGCAGGCAUCGUGAGCUUUGGUAUUGGCUGUGCUCAGCCAAAUUACCCUGGAUUGUAUACUAGAGUGUCUCAGUACCAAGACUGGAUCAACCAGCAGAUCACCAGCAACCAGCCAGGCUUUGUCACAUUCACUUCCACUGGCACUGAUGGAGAUCUGAAUGUGUCCUGUGCUGGCCUGCCUACUGUUGAUACAAACACCACUGUUUUCACUACUGCUUCAUCUGCGGUAUGUGGCAGUACCACGCUGAAUACCAUUACAGGAAGCGGCAACUCUUUGGCAUCUGCUGGUGUGUGGCCAUGGAUGGCCAGCCUGCAACGUAAUGGUACUCAUGUCUGUGGAGGAACACUGGUAGCUGAGCAGUUUGUCUUGAGCGCUGCUGAUUGCUUCUCAAGCUCCACCAAUGCUUCUGACUGGACUGUAAUUCUGGGUCGGCUCAAACAGAACGGCUCCAACGCCAAUGAGGUUUCUGUCAAUGUGACUAAAAUCUCACUGAGCACUGGUACAGUGAACAACAUAGCAGUACUGCAGUUGUCUCGCAAGCCAACACUCACAAACUACAUUCAGCCCAUAUGUGUGGACCUGGGGGACAACAGCUUCCCUGUCAACACUCAAUGCUGGGCAGCUGGCUGGGGUUCAGGAGGAGGAGUUGAGCAGAUUCUUCAGCAGUUUAACACUACUAUACUGGACUGUGGCAAUGCAUCUUCAUCUAGCAGCAGCAUCUGCACAGGAGUCACGCCCUUAGAACAGACUAAUAAAGGAGGUCCUCUGAUGUGUAAGAUUGGACAAUCAUGGGUCCAGGCUGCAGUUUUGAGCCUCGCCAGCAACAGUAGCACAAACACUAGCUCCAGUAACAGCACCAGGGCAGCAAGUGUAUCUGAUGUCCAGGUCUUCACUAAAACCUCAAGCUUCUCAAGCUUCCUGAAUACUACAGUGGGCUCCUUUCCUCCCAAAGCCAGCACUACAUCAUCUUCUCCCACCAUCAAUCCUGUUGGCUCCAGUGCAUCUUCAUUGUUUUCUUUCACGUCUCUCCUCCUGCUUUCACUUCCUGCUCUCAUUCAAAUGAGAAGUUAA